AUGGUGUACGAUCCAAACUUGUGGUAUAUCCAUGGAAACACCUACGACUUGCAUGAGUUUGUUGACAAGCACCCCGGCGGACGCAUGGCCCUGUUGACUGGUCGCGGUCGCGACUGCACAGCCCUCUUCGAAUCGUACCAUCCUUGGAACGACAAGCACCGCAAGAUUCUUCGUGCUUAUGGGGCAGCACCGCCUCCACCAGACCCCUUUUACGAGGAGAUCAAGGCUGGUGUUCGCGAAGCUUUCCCAGAAGGUUGUGGUAGCACAAAGAUGCGGACCCACGCCAUGAUCGGCUUGGCAGCAGCGUGGUCUUUGAUGAUGUGGCUCUUUUUCGUCGUGGCCACCCCUCUAUCCAGUUUGCUUGCUGGUUGCCUGGUUGCGACAGUUGCCACUCGCCUUUCUCAUGAGGGUGGUCAUUGGCAAAUCAGCCGAAAAGAGUGGGUGAAUCGCCUUGCGCUCUUCCUGGGUUUCUUUAUUGUUGGCCCUUCAAUGUGCUGGUACUAUCAGCAUGUUGUCAGCCACCACGUGAGCACCAACCAGGACAAGGAUGCUGAGAAGGAUGUGGACGUGGAGUACAUUUGGAUUGCUGACAAGUUCCCUGGCUGGCUGAAGGCAAAGCGCUGCACCUCAUUUUGGUGGCCAAACUCUGUCACGGUCACGGCUAUGCAUGUGGGGCCUUUACCAAAAAAGGCGAACGAAUUGAUGCCUAAGCAGGUCUUGUCGCUGCCUGGCAUUUUCAUUGGCACUGUGAUUGAGAUUGGAGUGAAGCGUUGGUGGGCACAAGGUGGACUACCGUGCAUGUGGCUCACAGCAGGUGCAAUCUUCGUCCCGUGCUCGCAAGUGGCUCACGUGAUCCUCUACCCGGACUCCGGAGAGCAUGAAUCCUGGGCAAAGAUGCAGAUUGCUGAGAGUGUGGACUUCGCGAGCGAGUCCGAUUUCUGGUUCCAUACGGCCUUCGGCCUCACAACCCAGAUCGAGCAUCACUUGUUCCCCGGCAUUGGCCACCAUUGCUAUGACACCUGCCGGAAGAUUACCCGAAAGGUUUGUGAAAAGCAUGGCGUGCAUCACUCCGACGUUUCUGCAUCAACUGCCUUCGGGCAGGGGCCUUGA